AAUCUAUUGAACGAAAAUCUAAGCGCCUAACAUGGUAGUGGUCCAAGGUCGCGUUGGAUGAUUGCAGAUAUUUCUAAAUACGAUGGUGAAAAGGAGACUCCUCCGAAUCCGGGAGAUCUGCGGUCCCUUCCUGACUUUGCUGCACUUUGUUCUUUCCUGACAUUUUUUGGUUCUGAUCUUGGUAUUCACCUUACGUUCCCACAGUUAUAUGAUUUCCUCGCUCUUCAAAAUUCAGCAAAAACAAAAAUAUGGGAAACUCUUCACGUCAAAUUGCUCAAUAAGUUAAAAUACCGCGCUCGUCCUGAUCGUUGGGAACCAGUUUUGGGUCGUUUCUUGCUUAGUCAUGGUCUUCAUAUUGAUGGAAUUCAAACAGCUGCUGAGCUUCUCUUAAACAGUGAAUGUGGAAAUAAUGAAAAGCUGAAUGUAUUCAUUCAAGAGUCACCUGAAUAUGUCUCUAGUUACUACAGGCUCUCUCCUAACGUUCGUGUUAAAACUCUUCUCUGUCUUUUGGAAACUCAGUUUGAUCGGAAUCAGCCUUUCAAGGAUAAGGCAAAUCUACGCUCUCCUGUCGAUUUACGAUUUCCUCCCUUGGGGAUUGAUGUUUGGGGUAGAAGUUAUUGGCUUCUGAAGGAUUCAGAUAUAAAUAUUUACUUAUACAGGGAAGAUCACCAGGAAAACAAUUUCCAGUUAUUGUGUGAAUCUUUUGACGACGUUCGUGGUCUCAUCGAGGAAUUGAAAGAAGCCUUUUCGGAAGAUGAAAAGCUCGAGAGUAUUUUUAAGAAAAAGCAAGCCUCAGACAGAUCAAAUCUGAAAUAUCAAUGGACAAACUUGAUACAGGAUAAUGUAGCCUCUCCAGAACUGGAAAUUUCAAAAAAUGACGAGGAUUCUGUUGUUUCACCGCUAUCGCAGCCAAACGAUUUCUUAAAACCUUCAAUUACACCACCACCAACUCCUACUUGUGAUCAAAAACCAAAUAUUCAUUCAGUCGACAUGUUAUUAGCAAUUUCAAAGAUUGAGCAUUCAGUCAAAACAGAAAGUCAAGAAAAUAGUGGGUUAAGUGAAGAAGUGGUUUCUAGUGACAGAGGGAAAACCGAUGAUCAGAAUCAUAAUGUUCACGAAUUUGAGGUGGAACAAAAAUGUCUUGAUACAAACACAGAAUAUCACAUCAAGCAAGAAUGUACCACUGAACAAGUCCUAAGACCAGAAGAUGAUUGCAAUGAACAUACAAACCAAGAUUCCGAGUCAUCAGCUGUGGAACCAUGUACUACUGUUUUGUCAAAGAAGUUUCGAAAAAACAGCUCCACCAAGAGCUCAGAAAUUGUUGUUAAUGAACAGGAUUUACGACGCAGUAGUAGGCAACGUAAGCCUGUUCAGGUAUUUAAUAUCCAACCAUCUCAAUCUAAACGUCCAAAAUUACCAACUCCAGUUUCAAACUCAUUACACAAGGUCAAUAACGAAAACGAAAAACCUAAAAAGCAGAAAAUACCUGUCGUAAAAAUACACCUCACUUCAAAUGGCCAUGUAGUAAAUAAAAACCAAAAACGAAAAAAGAAACGUCAUCGUAAAAAACCUCGAAAGGGUUCAAAUCCUUGGAUUUAUGGAACAUCUUCUAGUGACUCAGAUGGUGAAGAUGACUCAUUUGAAAAUGCACUUAUGCAACAUUUAAAUGUAGAUAGCGAUGAAUCAAAUCUUCAUUCACCAAAAAAGCCAGGCAAAAACGUAAAUCCUGAAUGGUCAGAUGCGCCUGAAAGUGAUUUCGACCCGAAUGGUUUGGAUAUUCAAAGUGAUGCUGAUAGUGUAACCGAUGGACGGAACUUGGCCAGGCAAAAACGUUUACAAAAGAAGUUUGAAUCAGAUCCAAAUACUAAUUGUAAUGCAGACGAAAAGGAAGAACCGUGUCAGGUUUGCUUUAAGUCACAUUUACCCGAUUGGAUGUUGUUAUGCGACAGAUGCGAUUUGGGACAUCAUGCUAUGUGUCUCUCACCUCCUUUACAUAUUAUUCCGGAAGGCGAUUGGUUUUGCCCUCGUUGUCAACACGCUACUCUGAUAUCAGCUUUAAACGAAACCAUUACUGUUCUUGAGGCUGAAUCGAAGAAGCGAAAUAUUUGGAAGCGUAUGCAAGAGCGUUUGAAUUUUGUCAAUAUCAGUAUGACGAACAUUUUAGGAGAUGAUGAUAGUGAUUUCCAUGAGCGUAAAAACAAGAAAGGAAAAGUGCUGCGUAAUACUCAAAAGAACAAUGUUAAGUAUGCUUGUGACGACUCGUAUAGUGAUCAAGAAAACGAAGAUAUUGCUUCUGUAUCCCAUUCGGAUACUAAAAAUACUAACUCCAACACUGACUCUGGUGUUGACGGCAGGUCUCAAGGGAAUCCAACUAGGCGUCGUCGUCAAGUUCGGCCAAAAGCAAAGACUCAGUUUUCCAGACCACGCCGUGUAAACUUCCGAGAAGAAACGUCUGAAGAAUCAGAGUCAGUCGAGUCUGAUUAUGAACCACUUCCUUGUAGAAAUACUCGUCAACGCCAAGUUAGGUAUAAAGUGAGCGAGGCAUUCAAAGAGCUAGAUGAAGCACUAGAAGCUGACGAAAAAUAUCAAGAAGAAAAGCAGCGCAAACUAAAACGAAAGACUAGUGAACAUUACAACCAAACUGAUGGUGAAAAUGUUAUCGACGAAGAAUGUGAGCUCAACGGUCAUACGCCUAAAUGUUCACGUGGAAAAGACCUUUCGAAUAUCUUGGGGCCGGAUUGGAAAGAAUUCGAAGAAGAUAACAGUAUGCGAUCUCGUAAAAAGCGUCGCAUUGCUGAUCUGUCUUCUAGUUCUUCUAGUGAACAUUCGAAUGAAGAUUCAGUAGAUGGUAAAGCAAGACGGAGUUGUCGAACGAGAGAUGAAGAUUUUAAACCAUCAUCUUCUGAAGUGUCAGAAAGUGAAGAUGAUGUCGACUCUCGGAAGCAUAUUUCAAGUGAUGAGUUUGAACAAUUGUCAAGUGAUAAUAGUUGGCUUUCAACUGCACGACACAAUUCUCGUUCGUCACGUGGAAAUACUCGAAAAAAGAAAAGAUCAUCCAACUAUUCUUACCGGUCUCGAAAACCCGUCCCUUGUUUUGAAGACAGUGAUGAAGGAUCUGAUCGUGCAGUAUUACGGACUAGAAGGCUGAUCGCAUUAAGAUACCGUCAAGUCUAUCAAAUGAUGGCAAACCGCAGAUUUAUAUUUGAAAAUGCUUUUGCAAAUCCAGACUGUGAUCCGCCUAUCAGAACCUUUGCUGACUCUGUUGUAUCAUCGCUUCGUAGAUUUUUGGCCCGUCCUUAUCGUUUUUAUCCUGUGAACAAAUAUUAUCUUAAAAGUCAUGGAAAAAAAACAUCCUUAUAGAAUGGGCCUUUGCUUUCUAUAUUGCUUUUUAGUUAAUAAUAGCAAAAUUUGCUUGUUACUUCAGGUUAUAAAAAUUAAGAUGAUUUGUAAUUAUCCAUAUCUGUUAGCAUUUCAACUAUCAUUCUUGUUCUCUUACGCGAUUGAACAUUCGUGGGGAGUCACAUUGUCUUUGUCCUUUUUUGUAACCUUAACGAAUACACAUUUGUGCCUUGUUUUAAAGUUUUGCAACUGGCUGCCGGGUUUCACAAUUAUGAUGAUUAUUUUCCUUCCCUCCAGUUCAUGGUUGGAUACUCAAUACAUUAGCGUUAUAAACAUAUGUAGAAUUUUUUCGCCCCUUGUUUACGCCGAAAUUCUAGAUCUGCUUUUAGUAAUGUUGAUUCAUGAGAAAGAAUUAGAUUGUAUGAUCGAGAAGUCAGCAAGCAAACUAUUUUUCACUAAUGAACCGCUUAGUUUUAAUUUUAAUCUGUUUUUUGUUGUUUUUUUUAAUUACAAUCAACAAUGUCUGGUAACCCUUGUUGUUAGAUAUUAGUGUAUAUGUAGAUUAAACCAAUGUGUACCUCAACAUUUAUCACUCUGACACUUGAUUUCACAAUAAAAGUUUCCAUAGUUGGGCACGCUAACUUUCAUUCAUUCUUAAUGAGUUUCAGCAGCCCAGAUAUGCUACCUUUUAAUGAAGUUUUGAAACCAAUCGACGUUUUAAGUACGUUGUGAGUAUUAAAUUAAUACUGGUCUUAAUAAUUUUACAAACUUGUGUGUUUUUAUGGUUGUUAACUAGUUUUCUAAUAUUUUCUGGUUGAUAAUGUGUACUCAUCAAUUACCUGUUUGGUAUAGUGUACAGGAUGAAACUUUAUUAUUUUUUAUUUAUAGGUGUACCCGAACUGUUGUUAGUUACCGUGAAUCAAACGAUGAAACAACAGAUAAUUCUGAACACAAUCUUUCGGAAAUUCCUGUUACGAGUAAAAGUAAAGUUCGUAGAGUGUUAGAUGAUGAAGAGGAAGAAAAAGAAGAGGAUGCUGAUCGGUCUCCUACUCCAAUAUCUGCCAGUCUAAAAGUAAAACGCUCCCAGUCUAACCGCACAGUUUUAAAGUAUUCUUCUGAUAGUGAUUAUCAACCGUGUGAAGAUGAUGAUGAUGAUCAAGAAGGGGACAGUCAGGGUGAUAGUGAUUCUUUAACGACGGACGGAAAAAUUCCACCAACAAAUAUCUGUAUAAAAUCAAAAGGUAUUAUUGAAUCACAAUCAGAUGAAUCAAAUCACCAACAUUCGACUUCAGAAUUAAUCAUCUCCGAAACAAGUGAUAUCGAUAAUUCACUUUUCAAAGAUAAUGCGAAAUCGGUUUCUGUAGAAGCAGGUGGCUGUAAAGUUGAAUCUACAGACAAUAUUAUGGUAAACUCAUUUGAUACAUCUAAAAAUCAUGUAAAUGGAAAUAAUUACGAAAAUGAUGAAGAAGUAGAAGAUGAGGCUGAUGAAUGUCUACCAGUUCGUACUUUACCACAUGUUUCUCCUCAAUUUGAUAAGCAAAUUAUUGAAAACAAACCUUGUGUUUCUCCGGAUAUUUUUUAAGUUUAAAUUUAUUUAUAAUUAUGUUCUUUGUUGUAUGCUUAUGACUAAUGUUACUUUUGUAUAUUUUCCAUUUCGAUUGACAUUCAGGGAGAUUUUUGUAGUGUUCAGUAGUUGUUUUAAAAGUCGCCAAGUAAUAAACUAAUAAUAACUAAAGUUCAGUGUAAUUUUUUUUGGUGUCCUACAAUAAUCUAUACUCAUUAUCUUAUUGUACAUAGUUGAAUCCUGUCGAUUUAUUUGUUAUGAUGUGUUGUUCAUUCGUUUAUUUUUAAUGUUUAGCUGCCUUUUCGGCAGUAUUAUAAUUUUUCAUGAUAAUGGAAAGCAUUUAACUACGUUUAAACACUAUCAACGGAUGCAAAAAAUAAUGUUCUUUUAAUGAGUAAAUGAUUUGAUUUUUCUUUUUGUGAGAUUGUUAUGUAACUGCUUUUUUCUCUUCGUAAAAUUUCACAAAAGAUUCCCCAUAUUACUUACUUUUCCUUGUAAACUUUUGUAAUUCGAUGAUAUUGUGUCUUAUCAUCGUAAAGUAGGUAGUUACAAAAAAUAAUUAAAGGCAGAGUUCUCGUGCCAGAUGUAUAAAUUUAUCUUUUUGGGAACAAUUUCGAAUUGUUGUCAGAUACUACAACAUAGACUAACUUCUCCUGGAUUGAUUUCGCAAUUAUAUAUGUUGACUCGACGUUAUGAGAAUAGACUUUUUCAUUGU